CCUCGCCUCGCCGCCAUGCGCCCCAGCCGCCUAGCGCUGUUCCCGGGCGUGGCGCUGCUCCUCGCCUCGGCCCGCCUCGCCGCUGCCUCCGACGUGCUGGAACUCACCGACGACAACUUCGAGAGUCGUGUCUCCGACACGGGCUCCGCGGGCCUCAUGCUGGUGGAGUUCUUCGCCCCCUGGUGUGGACACUGCAAGAGGCUUGCCCCUGAAUAUGAAGCUGCUGCUACUAGAUUAAAAGGAAUAGUCCCAUUAGCAAAGGUUGAUUGUACUGCCAACACAAACACCUGUAAUAAGUAUGGAGUCAGUGGAUAUCCAACCCUCAAAAUAUUUAGAGAUGGUGAAGAAGCAGGUGCUUAUGACGGACCUAGGACUGCUGAUGGAAUUGUCAGCCACCUGAAAAAGCAGGCAGGACCAGCCUCGGUUCCUCUCAGGAAUGAGGAAGAAUUUAAGAAGUUCAUUAGUGAUAAAGAUGCCUCUGUAGUAGGUUUUUUCAAAGAUGUAUUCAGUGACGCACACUCCGAGUUCUUAAAAGCAGCCAGCAACUUGAGGGAUAACUACCGAUUUGCACACACCAAUGUUGAGUCACUGGUGAAGGAGUAUGAUGAUAAUGGAGAGGGUAUCACCUUAUUUCGUCCUUCACACCUGAAUAACAAGUUUGAAGACAAAACUGUGGCAUACACAGAACAAAAAAUGACUAGCGGCAAGAUUAAAAAGUUUAUCCAGGAAAACAUUUUUGGUAUCUGUCCUCACAUGACAGAAGACAAUAAAGACUUGAUGCAGGGCAAGGACUUACUUUUGGCUUACUAUGACGUGGACUAUGAAAAGAAUGCUAAAGGUUCUAACUACUGGAGAAACAGAGUGAUGAUGGUGGCAAAAAAAUUUCUAGAUGCUGGACACAAACUCAACUUUGCUGUGGCUAGCCGUAAAACCUUCAGUCACGAACUGUCUGAUUUUGGCUUGGAAAGUACCACUGGAGAGGUUCCUGUUGUUGCUAUCAGAACUGCUAAGGGAGAGAAGUUUGUCAUGCAAGAGGAGUUCUCGCGAGAUGGCAAGGCUCUUGAGAGGUUUCUUCAGGACUACUUUGAUGGCAGCCUGAAGAGGUACCUGAAGUCUGAACCUAUUCCAGAGAGCAAUGAUGGACCUGUAAAGGUAGUGGUAGCAGAAAAUUUUGAUGAAAUAGUGAAUAAUGAAGAUAAAGAUGUGCUGAUUGAAUUUUAUGCUCCUUGGUGUGGUCACUGUAAGAACCUUGAGCCCAAGUAUAAAGAACUGGGAGAAAAGCUCAGUAAAGAUCCAAAUAUUGUCAUAGCCAAGAUGGACGCUACAGCCAAUGAUGUGCCUUCUCCAUAUGAAGUCAGAGGUUUUCCUACCAUCUACUUCUCACCAGCCAACAAGAAACUAAAUCCAAAGAAAUAUGAAGGUGGCCGUGAAUUAAAUGACUUUAUUAGCUAUCUACAGCGAGAAGCUACAAACCCCCCUAUUAUUCAGGAAGAGAAACCCAAGAAGAAAAAGAAAGCACAGGAAGAUCUCUAAAGCAGCAGCCAAACGCACCACUUUGUAAAAGGACUUUUAACAGCAGGAUGGGGAAACAUUGGAGAUGAGGACUUUCUGGAUAUAAUCUGAAUCCUGUUAAAUUUUCUCUAAACUGUUUCUAGCUGCACUGUUUAUGGAAAUGCCAGGACCAGUUUGUUUGUGGUUUGGGAGGAAAUAUUUGUGUUGGGGAAAAUAUUGUGGGGGUUGGGGGUUAUUUUCUAAUUUUUUUUUGUACAUUUGGAACAGUGACAAUAAAUAAGCCCCCUUUAAACUA